AAGAAGAAAUGGUGUUUGGAUCUUGUACACAAAUUUUUACCUCCACAAAUGGAUUGAGCAUGUAGAUAAGAUAUACAAAUAACAUUUUGGCAUAUCUUUAUCUUUGUUAUGGCUACUAUUUGUUCAUCUGCUUUACAAGUUCAUAGCACCAAAAAGCAUACUUGUAUUCUUGCAAAUUCACCAGACCAUCAAUCUGAAGCACCACUCUUAAACAGACCAAACUCCAUUUGGGUAAACCCCACCAAGAUCACACCAUCUGUGCUCACUCUUCAGCGUCACAAACGCUCCUCUAUCUCGUAUACUCCGCACAUCAAAAAGCUUAAGUCUUUAAUCAAGAAUCUCAAUGACUCCUCUCUAUCUGACUUGUUGCAUGUUCUUGAAAACUACCCAAGUUCACUUAGUGGAGAUGAUGCUUUUUUAUUGCUGAAUAACUUCAAGUCAUGGCAAAAGACUCUACUCUUUUUUGAUUGGAUCAAGACCCGCAAUUUAUUUGCGGUUGAAACUAUAUAUUAUAAUGUUACAAUGAAGUCUUUGAGGUUUGGGAGGCAGUUUCAGCACAUUGAGAAUCUUGCAUUUGAGAUGAUUCACAAUAGGGUGGAGCUAGAUAAUAUCACUUACUCAACUAUUAUUACCUGUGCUAAAAGGUGUAAUCUUUAUGACAAGGCUAUUGAAUGGUUUGAGAGAAUGUACAAGACUGGUUUGAUGCCUGAUGAGGUUACUUACUCUGCAGUUUUAGAUGUGUAUGGUAAGUUGAGAAGAGCUGAGGAAGUUGUUAGUUUGUAUGAAAGAGGGAGGGCUAGUGGAUGGAAACCCGAUACGGUUGCUUUUGCAGUGUUGGGUAAAUUGUUUGCUCAAGCCGGGGAUUAUGAUGGUCUUAGAUAUGUGUUUCAAGAAAUGAAGGCAGUUGAGGUGGAACCUGAUUUGUUUCUGUAUAAUACAUUGUUUGAAGCAUUGAUAAAGGCUAAGAAGCCUGGUUUAGCUAAAGGCCUGUUUGGAAGCAUGAUUAGUUCUGGAAUCAAACCGAAUGAGAAAACAUUAACAGCACUUGUUAGAAUAUUUGGAAAGGCCAGAUGGGCUAAAGAUGCUCUGGGAUUUUGGGAAAAACUUAGGUCAAAUAAGUGGGCAGUGAAUAAUUUGUUGUACAAUACAUUGCUUAACAUGUGUGCUGAUCUGGGGUUGGAGGAAGAAGCUGAAGGAUUGUUUGAAGACAUGAAAAAAUCUGAGAAAUGUAAGCCUGAUAGUUGGAGCUACACUGCAAUGUUGAAUAUAUAUGGAAGUGCAGGUUAUGCUGAUAAGGCAAUGGAUUUGUUUGAUGAGAUGUCUGAGUUGGAAGUUGAACUUAAUAUAAUGGGGUGCACUUGUUUAAUUCAAUGCCUUGGAAAGGCUAGGAGGAUUGAUGAUUUGGUUGAGGUUUUUAGGGUUUCAAUUGACAGAGAUAUCAAGCCGGAUGAUAGGCUUUCUGGUUGCUUGCUAUCUGUUGUGUCCUUUUGUGAAGGUGAGGACUUGAACAAAGUUCUUUCUUGCUUACAGGAAGCUAACUCAAAACUAGUUGAUUUUAUCAGGCUACUUGAAAAUGGCACAAUUGAUUUCAACACUCUUAGCACUGAGUUCAGGGAAAUGCUUAACGAAACCUCAGUUGAUUCACAGAGGCCUUUCUGUAACUGUUUGAUUGAUUUUUGUAGAAACAGAAACCUCCUCGAGAGAUCACAUGAUCUUUUGCAUAUUGGACUUGCAUGCAACCUGUAUCCAGGUUUACAUACCAAGACUCCAGAAGAAUGGCGCUUAAAUGUCCGUUCUCUCUCUGUUGGCGCUGCUCACACUGCAUUGGAAGAUUGGAUGAGUACAGUGAUCAAACUCGACCAACAUCAUGAUACAUUGCCUGAAUUGUUUUCUGCAAGUACAGGAGCCGGUACACACAAGUACUCACAAGGACUUGCAAAUGAAUUUGCCUCUCACGUAAAUAAGCUGGAUGCACCUUUUAGACGUAGUUCAGAGGAACCAGGCUUUUUCGUGGCAAGUAGAGAAGAUUUAGUAUCUUGGGUGCAAUCAAGAGUACAAACUGCUAGUGGCACAGCAUAAAAUGGCUGCAUCUGGCAGAGUGUAAAUUGUAACAGUACCUGCACAAGGCCAUACUUUGCGUUUUACAUCAAUCAUAAGAAUCUUAUACAGUCAAAUAAAACUUGUAAGUUUGCCUGCAAUUCUAUUCUAACAUUCUUGCACAAA